AAUCAAAGAAGGCUGAAAGCAGAUGAAGUAAUUUAGCAUUCAGAUACCAACGAAUUGAGAAGCGGGUUUUUUGUUGCAUCGUUCUACUUCCCAUGUGCAAUGGACUUAAAGAUUCCCGAACAAUGGCUUGAGUUUCCUGAGGAUGUGGAGAGCACGGAAAUCAUCCCGCAUCGCACAUCAAGCACGGAAGAUUUUGAAACCGACGCUGCAGACCUACCAUACGAGGACCACGAUCAGUUCGAAUUCGAUCGGGAUAUUAAUAUUCCGACAGCAGCAACAUCAGCAGCAGCCGCACAUCUUGAUAAUGACGAAAUAUUGCUCAUCGAAGUGUUAGUCCCUAUGCUCUCGAGCAGCUCAUACGAACAACGACCACUUCAAAACAGGCAUCGAAGAAACGACCGAAGGAGAAGUUCUCGCCGAUCACGUCGAUCUCGAAGUCGCCAGAGAAGACGGUCAGAGCGCAAUCGAAGAAGGCGGGAAGAGGGCGGCCCUGAUAGUGAGAUUAGCUUCCACAGACGCUCUAACCGAUUGUUUAGCCGACGUAUGCAUCCUAGAUCAGCCCGGGGCAAUAAUCCAACACCAUGACGCUUCCUCGUGAACAUUUCGUUCAAGAGAUACAAAUUUCAAGUAAGAUUACCAAAUUUUCUCCAUUAAUCAAGUAUACCGUUCUAGAGCGUAGCACGGUCUAAAAAGGAUACAUGUAUUUUUAGAAGAAAUAUAACAUUUCUCAGCGAGAAUUCCUUUCAUUCA